CCCAUAAACCAGUCGGGUUGGACGUCACUGCUAAUUCGUUUCAGCGAUGAUAGGAUAAAGGAGGGACAUUAAGAAAUAAAUUCCCCCUCACGACCCUCGCUGAGCUCACGGCUCAGUCCCUUCAUAUUUAUGCCGCGUUUCCAGCCGCUGGGUGAGGAGCUACUUAGCGCCGCGGCUCCUCUGAGGGGCGGCCGGGCAGCGAGCAGCGGCCGAGCGGACGGGCUCAUGAUGCCUCAGAUCUGAUCCGCAUCUAACAGGCUGGCAAUGAAGAUACCCAGAGAAUAGUUCACAUCUAUCAUGCGUCACUUCUAGACACAGCCACCAGACGCGUCUCCUUCCCUUUCUGCCUGACCUUAGGGACACAUCCCACCGCCUCUCUUGACGUCUGCCUGGUCAACCAUCACUUCCUUAGAGAAUAAGGAGAGAGGCGGACGCAGGAAAUCAUGCCACCGACGGGCCACCAGCCAUGAGUGGGUGACGCUGAGCUGACGUCAAAGACGGAGAGGGUUGAAGCCUUGUCAGCACCUGUCACCCCGGCUCCUGCUCUCGGUGUAGCCUGAAGCCUGGCUCCUCCUGGUGAAAUCAUCUUGGCCUGAUAGCAUCGUGAGGUCUCCAGACGGGACCCCUCAGAAGCUGGUUACCAUGGAGGAUCACAUGUUCGGUGUUCAGCAAAUCCAGCCCAAUGUCAUUUCUGUUCGUCUCUUCAAGCGCAAAGUUGGGGGCCUGGGAUUCCUGGUGAAGGAGCGGGUCAGUAAGCCGCCCGUGAUCAUCUCUGACCUGAUUCGUGGGGGCGCCGCAGAGCAGAGUGGCCUCAUCCAGGCCGGAGACAUCAUUCUUGCGGUCAACGGCCGGCCCUUGGUGGACCUGAGCUAUGACAGCGCCCUGGAGGUACUCAGAGGCAUUGCCUCUGAGACCCACGUGGUCCUCAUUCUGAGGGGCCCUGAAGGUUUCACCACGCACCUGGAGACCACCUUUACAGGUGACGGGACCCCCAAGACCAUCCGGGUGACACAGCCCCUGGGUCCCCCCACCAAAGCCGUGGAUCUGUCCCACCAGCCAUCGGCCAGCAAAGAACAGCCCCUGGCAGUGGAUGGGGCCUCGGGUCCCGGGAAUGGGCCUCAGCAUGCCUACGAUGAUGGGCAGGAGGCUGGCUCGCUCCCCCAUGCCAAUGGCCUGGCCCCCAGGCCCCCAGGCCAGGACCCUGCGAAGAAAGCAACCAGAGUCGGCCUCCAAGGCAGAGGGGAGAACAAUGAACUGCUCAAGGAGAUAGAGCCUGUGCUGAGCCUUCUCACCAGUGGGAGCAGAGGGGUCAAGGGAGGGGCACCUGCCAAGGCAGAGAUGAAAGAUAUGGGAAUCCAGGUAGACAGAGAGUUGGACGGCAAGUCACACAAACCUCUGCCCCUCGGUGUGGAGAACGACCGAGUCUUCAAUGACCUAUGGGGGAAGGGCAAUGUGCCUGUCGUCCUCAACAACCCAUAUUCAGAGAAGGAGCAGCCCCCUGCCUCAGGAAAACAGUCCCCCACAAAGAAUGGCAGCCCCUCCAAGUGUCCACGCUUCCUCAAGGUCAAGAACUGGGAGACUGACGUGGUUCUCACUGACACCCUCCACCUUAAGAGCACAUUGGAAACGGGAUGCACUGAGUACAUCUGCAUGGGCUCCAUCAUGCAUCCUUCUCAGCAUACAAGGAGGCCUGAAGACGUCCGCACAAAAGAACAGCUCUUCCCUCUCGCCAAAGAGUUUAUUGAUCAAUACUAUUCAUCAAUUAAAAGAUUUGGCUCCAAAGCCCACAUGGAAAGGCUGGAAGAGGUGAACAAAGAGAUCGAAACCACUAGCACCUACCAGCUCAAGGACACAGAGCUCAUCUAUGGGGCCAAGCAUGCCUGGCGGAAUGCCUCGCGCUGUGUGGGCAGGAUCCAGUGGUCCAAGCUGCAGGUAUUCGAUGCCCGCGACUGCACCACGGCCCAUGGGAUGUUCAACUACAUCUGUAACCACGUCAAGUAUGCCACCAACAAAGGGAACCUCAGGUCUGCCAUCACCAUAUUCCCCCAGAGGACAGACGGCAAGCAUGACUUCCGAGUCUGGAACUCCCAGCUCAUCCGCUACGCUGGCUACAAGCAGCCCGACGGCUCCACCCUGGGGGACCCGGCCAACGUGCAGUUCACAGAGAUUUGCAUACAGCAGGGCUGGAAACCGCCGAGAGGCCGCUUCGAUGUCCUGCCGCUCCUGCUUCAGGCGAACGGCAAUGACCCUGAGCUCUUCCAGAUUCCUCCAGAGCUGGUGUUGGAAGUUCCCAUCAGGCACCCCAAGUUUGAGUGGUUCAAGGACCUGGGGCUGAAGUGGUACGGCCUCCCUGCUGUGUCCAACAUGCUCCUGGAGAUUGGUGGCCUGGAGUUCAGCGCCUGUCCCUUCAGUGGCUGGUACAUGGGCACAGAGAUUGGUGUCCGCGACUACUGUGACAACUCCCGCUACAAUAUCCUGGAGGAAGUGGCCAAGAAGAUGAACUUAGACAUGAGGAAGACUUCCUCCCUGUGGAAGGACCAGGCGCUGGUGGAGAUCAAUAUCGCGGUUCUCUACAGCUUCCAGAGUGACAAAGUGACCAUUGUUGACCAUCACUCCGCCACCGAGUCCUUCAUUAAGCACAUGGAGAAUGAGUACCGCUGCCGGGGGGGCUGCCCUGCCGACUGGGUGUGGAUCGUGCCCCCCAUGUCCGGCAGCAUCACCCCUGUGUUCCACCAGGAGAUGCUCAACUACCGGCUCACCCCCUCCUUCGAAUACCAGCCUGAUCCCUGGAACACCCAUGUCUGGAAAGGCACCAACGGGACCCCCACAAAGCGGCGAGCCAUUGGCUUCAAGAAGCUAGCAGAAGCUGUCAAGUUCUCGGCCAAGCUGAUGGGACAGGCUAUGGCCAAGAGGGUCAAAGCGACCAUCCUCUAUGCCACAGAGACAGGCAAAUCGCAAGCUUAUGCCAAGACCUUGUGUGAGAUCUUCAAACACGCCUUUGAUGCCAAGGUGAUGUCCAUGGAAGAAUAUGACAUCGUGCACCUGGAACAUGAAACUCUGGUCCUCGUGGUUACCAGCACCUUUGGCAACGGAGAUCCCCCUGAGAAUGGGGAGAAAUUCGGCUGUGCUUUGAUGGAAAUGAGGCACCCCAACUCUGUGCAGGAAGAAAGGAAGUACCCGGAACCCUUGCGUUUCUUUCCCCGUAAAGGGCCUCCCCUCCCCAGUGGUGACACAGAAGUCCACGGUCUGGCUGCAGCCCGUGACAGCCAGCGCAGGAGCUACAAGGUCCGAUUCAACAGCGUCUCCUCCUACUCUGACUCCCAAAAAUCAUCAGGUGAUGGGCCUGACCUCAGAGACAACUUUGAGAGUGCUGGACCCCUGGCCAAUGUGAGGUUCUCAGUUUUUGGCCUCGGCUCACGAGCAUACCCUCACUUUUGUGCCUUCGGACAUGCUGUGGACACCCUCCUGGAAGAACUGGGAGGGGAGAGGAUCCUGAAGAUGAGGGAAGGGGAUGAGCUCUGUGGGCAGGAAGAGGCUUUCAGGACCUGGGCCAAGAAGGUCUUCAAGGCAGCCUGUGAUGUCUUCUGUGUGGGAGAUGAUGUCAACAUUGAAAAGGCGAACAAUUCCCUCAUCAGCAAUGACCGCAGCUGGAAGAGAAACAAGUUCCGCCUCACCUAUGUGGCCGAAGCUCCAGAACUCACACAAGGUCUAUCCAAUGUCCACAAAAAGCGAGUCUCAGCUGCCCGGCUCCUUAGCCGUCAAAACCUCCAGAGCCCUAAAUCAAGUCGGUCAACUAUCUUCGUGCGUCUCCACACCAACGGGAAUCAGGAGCUGCAGUACCAGCCUGGGGACCACCUGGGUGUCUUCCCUGGCAACCACGAGGACCUCGUGAAUGCCCUGAUCGAGCGACUAGAGGACGCGCCCCCUGUCAACCAGAUGGUGAAAGUGGAACUGCUAGAGGAGCGGAAUACGGCUUUAGGUGUCAUCAGUAACUGGACAGACGAGCACCGCCUCCCACCCUGCACCAUCUUCCAGGCCUUCAAGUACUACCUGGACAUCACUACGCCGCCAACGCCCCUGCAGCUGCAGCAGUUUGCCUCCCUAGCUACUAGCGAGAAGGAGAAGCAGCAUCUGCUGGUCCUCAGCAAGGGUUUGCAGGAGUAUGAGGAAUGGAAAUGGGGCAAGAACCCCACCAUCGUGGAGGUGCUGGAGGAGUUCCCAUCCAUCCAGAUGCCGGCCACCCUGCUCCUGACCCAGCUGUCCCUGCUGCAGCCCCGCUACUAUUCCAUCAGCUCCUCCCCAGACAUGUACCCUGAUGAAGUGCACCUCACUGUGGCCAUCGUUUCCUACCGCACUCGAGAUGGAGAAGGACCAAUUCACCACGGCGUGUGCUCCUCCUGGCUCAACCGGAUACAGGCUGACGAAGUGGUCCCCUGUUUCGUGAGAGGAGCACCCAGCUUCCACCUGCCCCGGAACCCCCAAGUCCCCUGCAUCCUCGUUGGACCGGGCACCGGCAUUGCCCCUUUCCGAAGUUUCUGGCAACAGCGGCAAUUUGAUAUCCAACACAAAGGAAUGAACCCCUGCCCCAUGGUCCUGGUCUUCGGGUGCCGGCAAUCCAAGAUAGAUCAUAUCUACAGGGAAGAGACCCUGCAGGCCAAGAACAAGGGGGUCUUCAGAGAGCUGUACACGGCUUACUCCCGGGAGCCAGACAAACCAAAGAAGUACGUGCAGGACAUCCUGCAGGAGCAGCUGGCGGAGUCUGUGUACCAAGCCCUGAAGGAGCAAGGGGGCCACAUUUACGUCUGUGGGGACGUCACCAUGGCCGCUGAUGUCCUCAAAGCCAUCCAGCGCAUCAUGACCCAGCAGGGGAAGCUCUCCACAGAGGACGCCGGCGUGUUCAUCAGCCGGAUGAGGGAUGACAACCGAUACCAUGAGGAUAUAUUUGGAGUCACCCUGCGAACGUACGAAGUGACCAACCGCCUUAGAUCCGAGUCCAUUGCCUUCAUUGAAGAGAGCAAAAAAGACAUCGAUGAGGUUUUCAGCUCCUAACUGGACCCUCUUGCCCAGCCGGCUGCAAGUUUUGUAAAGCGCGGACAGACACUGCUGAACCUUUCCUCUGGGACCCCGCGUGGCCCUCGCUCUGCCUCCUGUCCUUGUCGCUGUGCCCUGGUUUCUCUCUUCGGGGUUCUCGCCCCUCAGUGGUUUCCUCGGCCCUCCUGGGUUUACUCCUUGAGUUUUCCUGCUGCGAUGCAAUGCUUUUCUAAUCUGCAGUGGCUCUUACAAAACUCUGUUCCCACUCCCUCUCUUGCUGACAAGGGCAACUCACGGGUGCAUGAAAGCACUGGAACAUGGCCGUCACUGUGGGAGUUUUUUUCUCUGGGGUUCCCCUGGAAAGGCUGCAGGAACUAGGCACAAGCUCUCUGAGCCAGUCCCUCAGCCACUGAAGUCCCUCUUUCUCCUUUUUUAUGAUGACAUUUUGGUUGUGCGUGUGUAUGUGUGUGUGUGUGAUGGGCCAGGUCUCUGUCCGUCCUCUUCCCUGCACAAGUGUGUCGAUCUUAGAUCGCCACUGCUUUCAUUGGAGACCCUCAAUGCCAAGAAACAUGUCCCUGGCCCAUAUUAAUCCCUCGUGUGUCCAUAAUUAAGGGUCCAUGCCCAUGUACCUGAAACAUUUGGAAGCCCCAUAAUUGUUCUAGUUAGAAAGGGUUCAGGGCAUGGGGAGAGGAGUGGGAAAUUGAUUAAAGGGGCUGUCUCCCAAUGAAAGAGUCAUUCCCAGAAUUUGCUGCAUUUAGAUUCUGAUACCAGUGAGCAGAGCCCUCAUGUGACAUGAACCCAUCCAAUGGAUUGGGCAAAUCCCCUCCCCAAACCCACCCAUCCCAGCCAGAAUCACUUGGCCACAUCCAUUGACUCCCCCCUCCUCCAGCAAUAGCAUCCAAGGGGCCCGGAAGUUAUGUGGUUCAAAGAAGCCUGGUGGCAAUAAGGAUCUUCCCACUUUGCCACCAGGUGACUUUGGAUGGGUCACUUGUCCUCCAUGUUUCCUAGUCAUAAUGUCAUACGAACCUAAAGAAUAUGAAUGGAUUAAAUGUUAAAGCUUUGGGGCCUGGAAACAAUAUCAAGUAACAAUGUGAUUGUUAUUUUUUUAUUCCCCCAAAGGGGGCUUUGCUGCUUCUUCACCCUUGGGGAUGAAAUAAUGGAAGCUGGUUAAAGUGGAUGAGGUUGGAGAGAGUUGCCAUGAUGAGGUCCCACGUGGCUUCUUCGAUAGGAACCGCAACUUGGGGUGGGAAGAACUUGGCCCUCAGGCUUGUUGCCCUCUACAGUUGAUCUCCAAAGUUUUAAACCUGUUAAAGUAAUUUUGACAAAUACAUUACCCUCAACUCAGAUCAAAAAUGGGCAGCCAAGUCUUCGGUAGGAAUUGGGGCCGGUGCAAUUUCUCCCUAAGAGGCAACCUGUUGAAUUUACUCUCUCAGAGUAAAUGGUGGGAAGGGAUCCCUUUGUAUACUUUUUUAAAUACUACAAAUUAGUGUCAGGCAGUUCCUAGAAAGAGACAAGAAAUCCUAGUGGCCUCCCAGACUGCAGGGUCCCCAAGGAUGGAAAGGGAACGUUCUGCUGGUUCUACCCUGUUUGUUGUGUCUUGCCAUACAGAAAAACCACAUUUCUUUUACAUACUGUGCAUGGGCAUAUCUUGGUGUUCAGUUUGGGUGUCUGCUAAAGAGGAAGUGCACUGGCCCUCUUUGAAAGGGCUUUACAGUGGGGGCACCAAGACCCCAAAGGGCCCAGGCCAGGAGACUGUUAAAGUGAAAAGGCAAUCUAUGACUCACCUUGCUCUACCAUCCCUGGCAGCCCCCACCGGUGUCCUGUUCCUGCCACAUGGAGCUUGACUUCAUGCCAGCUAUAAUCUCCCCUGCCUUCCUUUAAUCUCAAUUUCCCCUGCUCAUUCUUCCACAGAUAUGAAGAACAAACACUUAGCAUCCCACACUCACCCCUUCUAUCCUGAAGGGAAGCCCAUUCUAAACUCCUUUCCUGCAAACCCAUUUCCAGCUCCUAGUAGCUUUCCUUGCAAAGGCUUUCUUUCCAAUCCUUUAUACCUUUGGAGACGCCUCCCCAAUUCCCCAGGGAAGGAAACUGCUGUGUCCAAUCCCCAUUAAAGAGAAAUUGGUCAGUGCUUCCCACUCCAAGUCAAGCUUUAUGCAGGAAUGCUUUUCCAUCAGGGAAUAAAUACUUAGAAGAGCUUACAUUGUGCCAGGCACCUCCUUUCUGCAUGUCCCUGCCCUUCUAGUAGCAGACAGACAGAAACAUUGUCUCGUUUUGUCAAGGAGUCCAAAGAAAUGAUUAUAAAACCAGGAUUCAUCCUUCUUCUCCAGAAAGAUUUUUUUUUAAGUAAACACCUUUCAAUCCCCAACACAAGCUGCUUCACAACUCCAGGCAGAAGGCAGGAGAGCGAUCUGAUGUGUUUCUUUCAUUUGCCAGAAUUCCUGGUACCAAAAGCCUUUCUCUGUUGAGUAACCUAUCAAGGACCAGAGUGGAAUCAAGAUUUAGAGUUACGCUCAGAUCAAGAGUGGGGAAAUACGGCCCUCUCGUGGUGGUUUUUCAUCCAGGCCUCGUAGCCAACUGUAAGUGCAAAACAGAAUUAAGCAAUGGGUAAGCAAAAUAGGGCUGACAAGGUAUUUGGGGGUUAUUCGGGUUAUGGCCUGUUUGUUUUCCUCUUCCCCCUGAAUUGGCCAGUAGCAACUCCAGCCCCAUUUCACAAAAGUGAGUUUGGCCAGGAGGAAUAAGAUGUCUCCUGAAAUAGGAACACCGGAACAUCAUGCUCACCUGCCAUCACUAUGCAUCCAGUUCCUGCAGCUUGUGUCGUGAAAGAGCAGAGAGAUGAUGUUAAACUCCUCGGGAGGAGAGAGGGCUUCUUUUGGUUUCCCUGGAGUGAGACAGCCAGGUGUCUUUCUUUUGCGGGGGGACACUUCAGACCCGUCAAAAUGGAAUUUUGGGAGCCGACCUGAGUGCAAAUCCUAAUUCUGCCCCUGUUGGUGCAGAUGGCUGUGGGCGGCUCACUUGACUUUUUAAGAUCUACAUACCCACCUGUAUAACAAGGUGGAUUGAACGAGAUGAUGCCCACGAAAUGCCCGGUUACAGUACCUGGUUCAAAACUUACUGCAUUUUAAUUUUUCACUUAACUUAUAACAUGUCUUGCUUCUCCCGUGUGUGGAAGGCACCAGGGAGUGUGCAGAGAUAAGCAAAACACAGUUCCUCUCGUGCAGAAGGUUAGAAUCUUUUUUUUUUUUUUUUUUUUUUGACAGAGUCUUGCUCUGUCACCCAGGCUGGAGUACAGUGGUGCGAUCUCAGCUCACUGCAUCCUCUGCCUCCCCCAGUUCAAAUGAUUCUUCUGCCUCGGCCUCCUUAGUAACUGGGACUACAGGCGCCUGCCACCACACCCAGCUAAUUUUUGUAUUUUUAGUAGAGUCAGGGUUUCACCAUGUUGGCCAUGCUGGUCUUGAAUUCCUGACCUCAAAUGAUCCACGCACCUCAGCCUCCCAAAGUGCUGGGAUUACAAGUAUGAGCCACCACACCUGGCCAAAGGUUAUAAUCUGAUGGAGAGAGACACCCGUCUUGGAACUGACAUAAAUUUCUGGGAUUUGAGAAAUGGAUGGGAUUUCACUUGUAGCUUCUGGAAGGUAAGAGUUGGCCAGGAAUUGGGAAGAGUGAGAGGAAAGGCACUCACAGGGAGCAUGUAAGAUAAAUUGAGGCUGGCUUUGGAAGGCUGAGGAGGGUGAGAAAAGGUGGGCUGGGACCAGACCAUGGGGAGAGGUGAGUGGCAUUACAAGAAAUUUAGGCUUUAUUCAGAAGGCAACAGGGAGUCCCUAAGAGUGUUUUUCAAAAGGGGACAUUAAGGCGAUUGGAGUUAUGCUUGGAAAAGAAAGUUCUGGCCACAGUAUAGAGCAUGGCCCGUUGAGCUGUUGGGGGGUUAUUGCUGCAACCGAGGCUUGAGUGAGGAAACAGGCAGAUGUAGUGAUAAAGAGACGCCAGGGACUGAAUCAGCAUACCUGGCGCCCCAUCCAUUGUAGAGGGUGAGAACAAAGGAGAAAUUAAAACAUCUUGCAGGCUGGGCGCGGUAGCUCAUGUCUGUAAUCCCAGCACUUUGGGAGGUCGAGGUAGGUGUAUCAGCUGAGGUCAGGAGUUGGAGACCAGUUGGCCAGUUAGUAGAAAUCCUGACUCUACUAAGAAAAUAACAAAAAUUGGCCGGGCAUGAUGGCACACGCCUGUAGUCUCAGCUACCUGGGAGGCUGAGGCAGGAGGAUUGCUUGAGCCUGGGAGAUGGAGGCUGCAGUGAGCCAAGAUUGUACCACUGUACUCUAGCCUGGGUGACAGAGCAAGACUCCAUCUCAAAAUGAAAUAAAUGAAAUAAAAUAAAAUAAAAUAAAUAAAAUAUAAAAUAAAAUAAAACAUCUUGCCCCUAGCUGAGAGAGAGGUCUCCGAAGAGCAGGCUCAAGGGAAAGAUGAGUUUUCAGAGCUGAUGUGAUAGUCAGCUUCUCUGGAGUCGACAGGGUGAAUCCUUCCCAAGUCCAGCCAUGCCCAGAUGCCCGGAGGGAAAACUGACCCCCAGCCAGUAGACAUUGGCUAAGAACACGGAAUCUUCUGACCAAACACGCUUUCAGCAGCUGCCUGCUCUGGACUUUGAAAGAGGUCAGGUCUUGCCCUAAGCUCAAAACAACUGAGCGGUGUCCUGACCUCCUAGCUCAUGGGGCAAAUGGUCCUGACAGGAUGGGCAAUCCGGAUGCCUGAGCCCCUUCACUCCUACAGCACCAGAACCUAAUGCAGCCUUUUCAUUCAUGCCAUUAGGAAAUCCAUGGACUUCUAGCCUGUGUUUUAAGCCAGCCAUGUUUCCUUGUAUAUUUCCCUACCCGCUGCCCCAGAUACCCAGCAUGCUGCUGUGGCCACCAUGUCCUCAAAGCCUUCUGUCUAUAUCAGGAAGGUAGUCUGAGACUGCCAGGAAGCAACAAGGAGAGAGAAACACUAACUAGUCUUCCUUUAUAACCCAUUCAUACUCUCUGGCUGUCCCCAACCUUCAUAGUCUCCUGCAUCCAAAUGUCCUCUUUGGCUCAAAAAGUAGGCCAGGCAUGGUGGUUCAUGCCUGUAAUAGCACUUUGGGAGACUGAGGUUGGGAGGAUCACUCGAGGCCAAGAGUUUGAGACCAGUUUGGGCAACAUAGCGAAAUCUCGUCUCUACCAAAAAAAAAAAAAAAAAAAAAAAAUUAGCUGGGCAUAGUGGCUUGCUCCUGUGGUCCCAGCUACUUGGGAGGCUGAGGCAGGAGGAUCACUUGAUCCCAGGAGUUCGAGGGGACAGUGAGCUAGGAUCGCACCACUGCCCUCCAGCCUGGGUGACAGAGCAAGACCCUGUCUCUAAAAAAAAAAAAAUUAAAAUGAAAGACUAGGCGCUGAGAUUGAGGAAACACAGGUCUGAGGGUCUGAGGGACUGAGGGAAGGGACCUGCCUCCCAGGGAGUCAACACAGAUGUUCCCCAUGAACAGGGAUUUGACCUUUGGAGGCCAACCUGGCCUGGCCUCUGCCCUUUAUCUCACACCCCCUAUCCUUGGCCCACUGCCAGUCCCUGCCUUGUGGCAAAGGGAGCCCAAAAGAAAAGCUGCCUUUCCCCAAAUGUAAGGACCCAGGUACACAUUCACCCAUGGAAAGCAGUGUCUGUUGAGAGUCUGUCUCCUAUUAAUACUUAUCAAAGCCACGUGCGAGGGAGGUGGUCAGGUGCCAAUAUGCCUUAGUAUGUUUAUAUGAGUUUGUUUUGUUCUAAAAUAUCCGAACAGUUCUGGUCAAGCGGGGCUAUGCCUGUCUGGCCCAAAACACAGUCCGUUAUUAACGAGAUGGCCCUGGCAGGCAGGAACAAAUCUGCCUCCAUGCACUGCUUCCUGUAGUCUUUUAGAAAAUGACUCUAGGACAUCAAAGUGCCCAGAUGUGACUCCUAAGUUCUAGGAGACUCUAGCGCAGGGUCUGUCAACCUCAACACUAUUGGCAUUUGGGGCUGGAUAAUUCUUUCUUGUGGGGGCCGUCUUGGGCACUGUAGGAAGCUGAGCAGCAUUCGUGGCCUCCAUCCAUGAGAUACCUGUAGCAGUAUCCUGCCAACGGUAACAAUCAAGUAUGUCAUCAGACAUUGCCCAACGUCCCCAGGGGGCAACACCCCUCUCUUGUACUUCACGGUCAAGAGAAUCUCUGCUGGCUACCCCAGGACUUCUCAUUAUAGAUUUCCCGGAACAAGCAGCAGAAACUUUGCCUAGCCCAAUGGUUGUUUCCAUUAUCUGCUGCCAAAGUGGGAUUUGAGGAUAUCUGGGGGAGGGGGCAUGGGGAGGGCAGCGUCCUUUCAAAAACCCCUCCCAAGCCAGGCGUGGUGGCUCAUACCUGUAAUCCCAGCACUUUGGGAGGCGGAGGCUGGCAGAUCACUUGAGGCCGGGAGUUAGAGACCAACCUGGCUAACAUGGCAAAACCCCAUCUCUACUAAAAAUACAAAAAUCAGCCCGGCAUGGUGGUGGGCACCUGUAAUCCCAUCUACUCGGGAGGCUGAGGCAGGAGAAUUGCUUGAACCCAGGAGGCAGAGGCUGCAGUGAGCCGAGAUGGUGCCACUGCACUCCAGCUUGUUGACAGAAUGAGACCCUGUGGGGGGAAAAAAAAAAAGCCCUCCCAUGCCAGAACAGAGGAUGGCAGUCCGUUUUGAUAAAACACUAUGUCCUUGGUGGUGGUUCUGAUUAAGAUCCACUGAGAUCCAGUGCUCUUGAGCUGGGUCUCAGUCCCCUCCCAUGUCCUGUGCUCUGCCGCCACUGUUUUCAUUGUUGUGUUCUCGUUGUGAUUAUUAAGACUCACACUCCUGGCUCAGCAGUGGUUUUCCAGAAGGGCCCAAAGAGCGGUGCCGGGCACCCCACGUCACAGUGUCCGUUCCGGGCUUGGGAAGCUGGGGAGGUGGGCAGACCUGGUUGCAUCUCACCACACACACACAUACACACACACACACACACACACACACACACGCUGUCAGAAACUCGGCCGUCCCCCCUACCUCUGAGCUCUCGAUGCUGCUAAUCUCUGCCAAGUGUCCCUGUGCUCCAGUACCUUCCUUGAAGGACUGACGCCCACCCCACGCUCUUUGUGAGGUUGUCCAGGCUGUGUUUGUCGCAUGCUCUUCUUCUGUAUAGUUCUCAUCUUCCAAUUUUAUGGGAUUCAACAAAAGCCUAUUAUGCUUGUUUGCAUUAUGGUUACAAUAUUAAAAAGUGGAUUCAA